AUGCCUCAACAGUGGCAAAUCAUUGCGCCUGCUCGGCAAGAGACGACAGGGACGGUGGGGGAAUUAAUGGACGCGCUGGUGUCCAGUAGCGCUGCCGGUCUCGUCGCCCUCUUGGCCAUCCCGUUGAGCACAUACCGACAGAGACUCGAGGGUCUAUUGCCGGGUGAAAAUGCCGAGGACAACGAAGACGAGGAUUUCGAGUGUGCGAAACGAACUCGAAUCACCGACCUUUCGCAAAAUUAUUCCAGCAAAGCUGCAAGAAUCGAGAUCCACGAUUUCAACGCCGCAAGCCUCACUGCACCCAAGACCCUUCUCCAUUUCCCCUCUCUCGUACACCAUCAAAUAUUCUCACUGCUCGAGGAUGUGGAAGACGUUCUGCGAUUCAGUCUGACCAAUCAGUAUUUUUGGGCAGUAGGACUGUUGCAUAUCGACAGACAUAUUAUGAAGUCCUUGGCUCCAUGGGCAGGCGAGCAGAUCGUGUGCGUCAGCGAGAAAAGUGACCCGCGAGAUCUUCCACCAGGCUUACUUGCCUCCGUUACAUGUCCGGAGACCAAGAGUGCAAAUUCUCCCUUCGAUUCAAAUUCAUCUUCCCCCUGGAGCAAGUAUAAGAAGAGCAGUGGACCAGCUCUAUCUCAAAAGCUACAAAAGCGAUUCCUCGAGUACGAAUCUCAACACCCGAUGGGCUUUGCUCACCGAGCCGAAGUCAUAAUGGGACUGAAACCUGAAAUCUUGGGCUUUUAUCCCCGCGAUCAAAAGUGGACAUUGCGAAACUUGACCACGCGUGAAUACGUCCGCGGGGAAGUCAUUGGGUUGAAAGAGGAGUUCAUUCACGGGCCUCAAAUUGAGAUCCUGGGAUUUGCCGAGAUUUUGAUCACGCGAAUUUGCUGGUCGCCGGAGCCGGAAAAGGUGGGACUUGGCAGUCAGAUCAAUCGGGGUAAAUGGGCUGGUCAUCGAUUUGAUAUCGUGCCACUGACGUGGCUGGAGAAGGAUGGGUGCGGCAAGGAUUGGAAAGACGUGAGUAAUGAGAUUUUGCGGGAAAUUGAUCUCAUUCUUGGGGGACAGCUGGGGGAUGAUUGGCGAGAUCAAAUGGCGAGAAGUUAUCGAAAAUAUGCAAGGCAGGAUCCUAUCGAUUCGCUGGGAGUUUAUCAAGAUUGA